UUGUCCGUCCGUCCUGUGCUUCUCUUUCGAUAUCAAGGUCAUCGAAAUCGAUCGAUCCCAUUAGUCGCCGGUUGUAGCGACGAAACGCGAGCGGUUUGAAAAUACGACGGCCCCGUGGCGGAGGAUCGACGACGAGGGGGCGCGUGAAAACGCGGACGGUCCGCGCGUUCGGCAUUUCAAUGCGCCGGUUGACACGAACCUAUACAGAGAGGUAGGAGGAGAAGGAGGGUGAAAACUUUCGUAAGCGACGCAUCCACUUUUCGUAAGUUCUCUGUUCGAAGAGCGGUGGUCAUUGGUAUAAAACCUGGACGCUUCGACGGAUCUGCACAGUUCGCUGCAAAGUCGAAUCAAUCACAUCAAGUUCAACAUGUUCAAGUUAGCGUGCAUCGUCCUUUUUAUGGCGGCCGUCGCCUCUGCCGGCGUAAUCGCCCCAGCUCCCUUGAUCGCAGCUCCGGCACAUGUGGCAGCUUUACCCGCACCCAUCGUCACUGCUAGAAGCAGCCAGGUCGUCGCUAGGAAUUAUAACACGUUUGCUGCCGCACCACUCGCUGCUUACACCACCGCCGUCCAUGCUGCCCCUGUAGCCGCUGCCCCCAUAGCAGCCGCUGCCCUGACAGCAGCCGUACCAGCAGCCCAUGCCGUGCACGCACCGUUCGCAUAUGCGGCCGCACCUGCCGCGCCCCUUGCUUACGCCUACCACCCCUAUUGAAUACCCCGAAUGACCACAUCACACCUCAGCCCCUACGUUAAGUUUCUCGUUUUUAUGGAAUAAACAGCAAAUGAACACAA